AAUCUGAUAUGACGAAGUAUUUAUAUAAAAUGAGGUGAAUUGAGUGUUUAAUAGUUGUGACUCAACUCGUUCAUUUUUCUUGUUCGAACUACAUUAAAACUAUUGACUAACUAUUGAAUUUUAUUCGUUCAAUCAUCUUUAUUUCUGUAUUUAUCUAAUCAAUUGUAGUCUGACAAUUACUCUUUAUUGGUUCCUCAAUUGUCUCGAUCAUUGUCAUCAACCACUACGUUAAAUUCAGUGAGUAUACUCAUUAGUUUAUUAGAAAAAGUUAGUUAUUUAACUAAAACAACAAAAUACAAUCAAAUAUUACUGAAAAAAUUACAAUUUGACAAAUAUUUAUUUAAUAUAUUGUUAAUUAUUGGUCGACGAUCUACAUUUCAUUCAAAAGAUCUAUUAAUUCAAUUGAUAAUUACUAUUUUACAAAAUAUUUGGACAAAUUCAAUUAAUGCAAAUCAAUUAGAACAAUGUUUUAAAUUAUUUCUCACACAUCGUUCUCUAAUACAACCAAUAUUAAGAUUAUUUAAACAUUUAAUAACAUAUACCGAUUCAAAUCAACCAAGAGCAUAUAGUCCACAACCGAUGACAUCAGCCAUAGGUACUGGUCCCGGUAAUUCAUUUCGUUUAACAUUCACUGAUUUAACAUCUCUACUUACUCAAUCUCAUCAAACAACAGAUGUUACAUUAAAUUCUCGUGAAUCAGCUAUGAUAACGGAAUCAUUAAAAUCAACACAAAUUCAAUUUCCAUUAACAAUUAGUUUAUGGUUAAAAGUUAAUUUUCCAUUUAUACAACAAUUAAAUCAACAAAAACAUAAUCAUAAUGAAACAGAACAUGGUCAAUUUGAUAAUUCAUUAAAAAAAUCACCUUCUCAAAAUUCAAUUACUGAUGAAUUUAAUAUAAAAAAUAAUGAACAAUCAUUACUCUUACAUAUUCUUACAUUACAUAAUGAACAAUAUCAAUUUCAAUUUUGGUUAGAUUCUAUACCAAGUAUUCGACUAUAUAUUGUACAACAACAAGAACAGAAUAAAAAACAGACAAGUACGUAUAUCUUUCAUACUAGAGUUUAUUGGCAAAAAUAUUAAAAAAUUUGGGCAUUGCUAAAAGACGCGAACACCCACGAACACCCCCAAAUUA